GUCCGCCUAUUUGCGUUGUUCUCUGGAAAUCGAUCCAACUAGCAGGUCUUUCCAAUCCUGUCAGCCGACGCAAGAGAAGCUACUAUCAUGGAUUCGUCGCACCUUAACUGGUUGAUCAUACGCGAUCAUCAUGCGUAUUUGAUGAAGCAGAAGAACAUCAAGAAGCCGUUCAGCACGGAGCCCGGCAACCUGACCAACUUGAGCUCGUACCGUUACAGUGGGCUGGUCCACAACAAGACCAUCACCAUUACGCCGGCUGAGAAGAAGGGUGUCAACUUCGUGUACAAGCGCGCCAAGAAGGCUCACAAGCCGGCGAAGGCACUAGUUAAGGUGACCUUUAAGGAGGGACCGCGUCGUACGCUGAAGAAGAUUAAGAACACCAUCAAGGCCAACAAGUACCGAACGGACCUGCGACAGGCCGCUCUUCGUCGUGCCAGUGCUAUCUUUCGUUCGCAACGGCCCAAAAAGACCAAGAAGGGUAAGGCUGGAGCUGUUCCGGCCGCCGCUGCUGCCGCCACCGGAGCUACCGCUGCGGCCCCCAAGAAGGCCGAGUAA